AUGACAAGAGGAUCACAAACAACAUCACCUGCAAGAGGAUCACCAAGAACUUGUGGGUUGGAUUUCUAUAAUGCUCAGCUAUCAAACGAGACUGGAUCGUUUACAGAAUUGAAUUCUUGUGAGUAUUAUCUUUAUAUGACAAAGGAAUUAAUUCCAAAUACAGAUGGCGUUUAUGAAAACAUUGAAGACAACUUAAUGGUCAAAUGGGACAGUCCUAAUCAACAUCAUCUUGUACCAAAACAAUCUCUCUCAAACCAAGAUAGAACCAGUAUUCUUUCUGGCGAGAGAUUCCAACUAUUAAAGGUUUUUCCAUCAUAA